AGCCAGCAGAGCCGAGAUGAUUCUGCUGGAAAGUGAGCAGUUCCUGAUGGAGCUGACCAGGCUCUUCCAGAAGUGCCAUUUGUCGGGCAGUGUGUUCAUCACCCUGAAGAAGUGUGAUGGUCAAACUAAACACAUUCCAAGGAAAGGUUCAGUGGAGGGCUUUGAGCCCUCAGACAACAAGUGUCUGUUAAGAGCUACUGAUGGGACAAAGAAGAUUAGCACAGUGGUGAGCUCCCAAGAAGUGAAUAAGUUCCAGAUGGCUUAUUCCAACCUAUUGAGAGCUAACAUGGACGGGCUGAAGAAGAGGGACAAAAAGAGCAAGAGUAAGAACAAAGCAGCACAGUGA